CAUCAACAGCGCCUUGUCAAUGGUAACCAGCUAGCCGAUUAGCUUGAAUUUGAAGAUCUUGUUUGAUUCAUAAUAACAAACUUCUGGUUUACAUUAGGUGCAUUAACGCCACCUUGCUUUAGCACAGUUUGAAAAUAGCAUUUCUGCAGUGUUGAAUACAAACGGGACCUUUAUAUACAGCUAAUCUGACAACCAUGUGGAGUACCAGCCGUCAUGUCCUUCAGGAUCUAGUCCGGGAGUUUACGAAAGUGACACAUUCCUCGGUUCAGUGUAUUUCACAAACAUCAUGCAAGGUAAAGUUAGUUUAGUUUUUGAGUGAAUUAUAACAUUUUGCUGGUAUUUAAACGUAGGCAGAAAGAAUAGAAGGUUGCAAGCUAAAUGAGUGCUGCUAACUAACUAACUAUAGCCACAGGAGGUUGGUGGCACCUUAAUUGGGGAGGAUGGGCACUUGGUAAUGGCUGGAGCGUAAUGUGUGGAAAGGUAUGAACAACACACAUGAGCUGUGUUCGAAUACCCAUACUGUAUACUACAUACUUAAUGAGUAUAUACCAUUAGUUCAUUUGAGUAUACUGUAAAUGAACGGUAUCUUUUCAGUUGAGUGUACUAGUGCUUUGCCUGUCUACUGAAAGUUGAUGCUGUUGCUAUGCAACUUGUUGCUAGUUUGUUAGCAUAAAUAAUUACUAGCUAGAGAUCUUACGACUUCAUUAACAAUGUCCAUUGAACGCACAAUGACUGUACCACUUAGCUAAGCUAAGAAUGACGUGAACAAAUUGUCAGCCAACAUAAUGUGUAACGUAACUUAUUUGAAAAGUCAUUACUUUAUGACAUUGCUCAACAUUUUCUUAACAUUUGUCAUAAUUACGAAAGCAAUGAAUUUGUAUCCGCUCUCGUCAGACUUCAGCUGCAUAUUUUCCGCCAUUUAUUUCAAAUCUGAAAAUGAAUUUCUAAAGAAUUGCAUUGUGUAUAAAAGCAGGGUAAAAGAGUCCACUGCUUGUAUACUUCGUAUUUUGGCGAAUGUAGUACGACAUCUGGGAACUUUUGGCAUACUAACUAUAUCCAUACUAUGUCCAAUACGCAUACUACACACUAAAUUUACAUUACAAAUAGUAUGGUUAGUAUGAGUAUUCGAACACAGCUAGUGUUUCCAUGUGUUUUGUGCCAUUCGCUCCGUUCGAGACAUUAUUAUGAGCCGUCCUCCCCUCAGCAGUCUCCAGUGAAUUAGCCAGAGAUAUUAGAGAAAGGAGUCAGGAAUCCCAUUGGACAAUGAACAACCUGGUCUCAGAGCAUUUUGUAUUAUUCUCUACGUAAAUUUGAGACCCUCCAUUUAGUAUGGUAUGUUCAAAUCAAAUUGUAUUGGCCACAUGCGCCGAAUACAACAGGUGCAGACAUUACAGUGAAAUGCUUACUUACAGCCCUUAACCAACAGUGCAUUUAUUUUUAAUAAAAAAGUAAAAUAAAACAACAAAAAAGUGUUGAGAAAUAAAGAGCAGAAGUAAAAUAAAAUAACAGUAGGGAGGCUAUAUAUACAGGGGGGUACCGGUGCAGAGUCAAUGUGCGGGGGCACCGGCUAGUUGAGGUAGUUUAAGUAAUAUGUACAUGUGGGUAGAGUUAAAGUGACUAUGCAUAAAUAAUUAACAGAGUAGCAGCAGCGUAAAAAGAUGGGUUGGGGGGGCAGUGCAAAUAGUCCGGGUAGCCAUGAUUAGCUGUUCAGGAGUCUUAUGGCUUGGGGGUAGAAGCUGUUGAGAAGUCUUUUGGACCUAGACUUGGCACUCCGGUACCGCUUGCCGUGCGGUAGCAGAGAGAACAGUCUAUGACUAGGGUGGCUGUAGUCUUUGACAAUUUUGAGGGCCUUCCUUUGACACCGCCUGGUAUAGAGGUCAUGGAUGGCAGGAAGCUUGGCCCCAGUGAUGUACUGGGCCGUACUCACUACCCUCUGUAGUGCCUUGCGGUCGGAGGCCAAGCAGUUGCCAUACCAGGCGGUGAUGCAACCAGUCAGGAUGCUCUCGAUGGUGCAGCUGUAGAAUUUUUUGAGGAUCUGAGGACCCAUGCCAAAUCUUUUCAGUCUCCUGAGGGGGAAUAGGCUUUGUCGUGCCCUCUUCACGACUGUCUUGGUGUGUUUGGACCAUGACAGUUUGUUGGUGAUGUGGACACCAAGGAACUUGAAGCUCUCAACCUGUUCCACUACAGCCCCGUCGAUGAGAAUGGGGGCGUGCUCAGUCCUCUUUUUUUUCCUGUAGUCCACAAUCAUCUCCUUUGUCUUGGUCACGUUGAGGGAGAGGUUGUUAUCCUGGCACCACACGGCCAGGUCUCUGACCUCCUCCCUAUAGGCUGUCUCAUGUGACUCGGUUAGUUACGUUUCGUAUGGUAUGUAUUAUAUAUAUAUAUAUAUAUGUAUGUGUAUUAAUUUGUGGAUGUCCAUCACCCAUUUCGUAUGAUAUGUGAAUUACAAUUCGUAUUAUAUGUUACGAAUUUGCAAAACGUACAACAGGUUACGAAUUUACUCAAUUAUGAUAUGUUAUUGAUUCUAGCUAAGUAGCUAACAUUAGCUACCUAGUCGUUGCAAAGUACCUAAAAAGUAAUAAGUAGUCACUUUGGAUGAUGGUGCCGGAGAAGAUGGCUGCCGUUUUACAGCCCUCUAACGAAUUGUACUAUUAUGUGUGUUUUUCUGCGUUAUUUGUCAUUUAUUUUGUACGUAAUGUUUCUGCCAUCGUCUCUUAAAACCAAAAAGAGCUUCUGGAUAUCAGGACAGCGAUUACUCACCUCGUAUUGGACGAAGAUUUUUUCUUCAACGAGGCGGCCACGAAGGAUAUCCUACAGACACCCGACAAGGCCCAAAUCCCCAUCAUUCGCAUGAGGAAGAGACAGAGAUAUCGUGGACGUAGGUCGGGGUGCCUUGUAAGGAUCCAACGGCGAGUGAGUAAACUGCCGCUCCCAUCAAUCCUAUUAGCCAAGCUUCAAUCAUUGGAGAAUAAAUUGGAUGACCUAAGAUUAGUUAUCCUACCAAUGGGACAUUAAAAACUGUAAUAUCUUGUGUUUCACCGAGUCGUGGCUGAACGACGACAUGGAUAACAUACAGCUAGCGGGCUAUAUGCUACAUCGGCAGGAUAGAACGGCUGACUCCGGUAAGACAAGGGGAGGCGGUCUGUGUAUAUUUGUAAACAACAGCUGGUGCACAAAAUCAAAUACUAAGGAAGUCUCGAGGUUUUGCUCGCCUGAGGUAGAGUAUCUUAUGAUAAGCUGUAGACCACACUAUUUACUAAGAGAGUUUUCAUCUAUAUUUUUCAUAGCUGUCUAUUUACCACCACAAACCAAUGCUGGCAUUAAGAUUGCACUGAAUUAGCUGUAUAAGGCCAUAAGUCAACAGGAAAACGCUCAUCCAGAGGCAGCGCUCCUAGUGGCCGGGGACUUUAAUUCAGGGAAACUUAAAUCCAUUCUACCUAAUUUCUACCAGCAUGUUAAAUGUGCAACCAGAGGAAAAUAAACUCUAGACCACCUUUACUCCACACACAGAGACGCAUACAAAGCUCUCCCUCGCCCUCCAUUUGGCAAAUCUGACCAUAACUCUAUCCUCCUGAUUCCUGCUUAUAAGCAAAAACUAAAGCAGGAAGCUCGGUGACCCGGUUAAUAAAAAAAGUGGUCAGAUGACGCAGAUGCUAAGCUACAGGACUGUUUUGCUAGCACAGACUGGAACAUGUUCCGGGAUUCUUCAGAUAGCAUUGAGGAGUACACCACAUCAGUCACUGGCUUCAUCAAUAAGUGCAUCGAUGAUGUCGUUCCCACAGUGACCGUACGUACAUACCCCAACCAGAAGCCAUGGAUUACAGGAAACAUCUGCACUGAGCUAAAGGGUAGAGCUGCCGCUUUCAAGGAGCGGGACUCUAACCCGGACGCUUAUAAGAAAUCCCGCUAUGCCCUCCGACAAACCAUCAAACAGGCAAAGAGUCAAUACAGGACUAAGAUUGAAUCGUACUACACCGGCUCUGACGCUCGUCGGAUGUGGCAGGGCUCGAAAACUACUACAGACUACAAAGGGAAGCACAGCCGCGAGUUGCCCAGUGACACGACUUCCAGACGAGCUAAACCACUUCUAUGCUCGCUUCGAGGCAAGCAACACUGAAGCAUGCAUGAGAGCACCAGCUGUUCCGGAUGACUAUGUGAUCACGCUCUCCGUAGCCGAUGUGAGUAAGACUUUUAAGCAGGUCAACAUUCACAAGGCCGCAGGGCCAGACGGAUUACCAGGACGUGUACUCCGAGCAUGUGCUGACCAACUGGCAAGUGUCUACACUGACAUUUUCAACAUGUCCCUGACUGAGUCUGUAAUACCAACAUGUUUCAAGCAGACCACCAUAGUCCCCGUGCCCAAGGACUCUAAGAUAACCUGCCUAAAUGACUACCGACCCGUAGCACUGACGUCUGUAGCCAUGAAGUGCUUUGAAAGGCUGGUCAUGGCUCACAUCAACACCAUUAUCCCAGAAACCCUAGACCCACUCCAAUUUGCAUACCGCCCCAACAGAUCCACAGAUGAUGCAAUCUCUAUUGCACUCCACACUGCCCUUUCCCACCUGGACAAGAGGAACACCUACAUGAGAAUGCUAUUCAUUGACUACAGCGCAGCGUUCAACACCAUAGUGCCCUCAAAGCUCAUCACUAAGCUAAGGAUCCUGGGACUAAACACCUCCCUCUGCAACUGGAUCCUAGACUUCCUGACGGGCCGCCCCCAGGUGGUAAGUGUAGGUAACAACAUAUCUGCCACACUGAUCCUCAACACGGGGGCCCCUCGGGUGCGUGCUCAGUCCCCUCCUGUACUCCCUGUUCACCCAUGACUGCAUGGCCAGGCACGACUCCAACACCAUCAUUAAGUUUGCCGACGACACAACAGUGAUAGGCCUGAUCACCGACAACAAUGAGACAGCCUAUAGGGAGGAGGUCAGAGACCUGGCCGUGUGGUGCCAGGAUAACAACCUCUCCUUCAACGUGACCAAGACAAAGGAGAUGAUUGUGGACUACAGGAAAAAAAGAGGACUGAGCACGCCCCCAUUCUCAUCAACGGGGCUGUAGUGGAACAGGUUGAGAGCUUCAAGUUCCUUGGUGCUUUUUUAUUUAAAAUAAAUGCACUGUUGGUUAAGGGCUGUAAGUAAGCAUUUCACUGUAAUGUCUGCACCCGUUGUAUUUGGCGCAUGUGGCCAAUAAAAUUUGAUUUGAUUUGAAGUUGCUCAAAUGCUUAAGUUGUCCAUGAUGAGAUUUGAACUCGCUACCCCGACGGACCACCUUUCUUUCGUUUUUUUAAAGUAACUAUCCGUCUUAUGUAGGGCCCCGUGUAGCUCAGUUGGUAGAGCAUGGCGCUUGCAACGUCAAGGUUGUGGGUUCGUUUCCCACGGGGGGCCAGUAUGAAAAUGAAUGCACUCACUAACUGUAAGUUGCUCUGGAUAAGAGCGUCUGCUAAAUGACUCAAAUGUAAUGUAACCAUACGAAACGUAACAUAUCAUACUAAAUGGGGUAGCUCGGAUUUACGUACAGAACAAUAUGAAAUGCUCUGAGACCAGGUUGCAAUGAAUGGAGGAACGUAUAUGUCCCGCCCAGCAGACUGUUGACCAAUCGUGUUCACGUUGUCAUGCUGCAUUGCGUGGUUGCUAAGCUAAUCGUCAAGCGAUCAUUUUUUAAAGUCAGGGUUUGAGUCACUAAACCUGCCUAUUUUCCUCGAAAGUACACAAUGUCAUGAUUCCAAAACGAGAGUUUGUAUUGGACAAAUUCAGGUAUGUCCCUCCCCGUUUUAGAUCAGUUUUCUGUUUGCUUCCAUUUUUGGUUCUUAAAUGGUAAACGUUUUCCGUAAUGAAUACACCCCUGGGGAACCAAACUCUCCUACUAUACCUCAUUCUCUCUCUUACCCAGAACACAGUUGUGGUAGAGCGUUGGUGGCAGGUCCCAUUGUCCAAAGAGGGCCGCCCACCAAGGCUAUACCCUCGGCGACAUCGGGUCUACAAAGUGGUAGAAGACACAAAGCAUGCUCCUAAGGAGAAGAUGGAACUCAUCCUCACACAGACUGUGGCUAGUAAGUAUGCCUGUUUGCUCUUCUUCCAAUAUCCACACUAGGAUGUUACUUAGCAUGAAGCAUUGGGCAUGCAUGCAUUCUAAUGUAUUUGUGGCUUUAUUAUCAGAGCUUGGUGGGCGAGGUGACACUGUGUUUGUGAAAAAGUCUGUCGGACGCAAUAACCUCCUGGCCCAAGGCCUGGCAGUCUACCCUUCACCAGAAAACAAAGAGAUGUUUGCAGAGGAGCUGAGGGUGAGUGUUUUAGAUGUAUUGGGAGUAUGGUGUAUUUUAUCUCGUUCCUCUGGUUUGUAGAAAAAGGUACAUGGGUGUGAGUUGGACAUUUUUAUGGUAGGGUUGAUGUAAUAUAGCUGGAUCCUAUGUUUGUUGUUAUAUGUAGUCCUUAUAUUGCACCCCCUAAAAUAGACGUAUCAUUUCCUUCUACAGCUCUUACAUGAAGGGAGGCCAGAGGAGAGAAUCCAAACCCGCACAGGACAGCUGGUGAGCAGGGCAUUCCUUUUUCCUUUAAUUUAUCUCAUUUCGAAGGCUAACCCCUGCUUAAGAUGGUGUACUGUGGCUGUGUUGCUCUUCACCAAUUGUUUGUCUGAAACAACUAGAAUAAUAUUUUAAUAGAUCCUAUUUGUACUACUGUAUUUGCAAAUGAACAUUGCUCCUGCUACCAAUUAGUUGGUCAGUUGUCCACAACCACACCGAGCUGUGUGUCUUGUGUUUGCAGACGGUGGAGAUCAUGAAGCAUAUGGAGUUGAAAGUUGAGAAAAGAACCUCCAUUGAGUAUGACAUCACCAAAGAGAUUGUCUGCAGGCAGCUUCUCAAGAAGGUAAGACUGGGCUUGUAGAUUGUUCAGGAACAUGAAAAAUAGUGUGCAUUCAUCCUUCCUUGAAGCAGUCACGGAUCUGCGAGGGUUGGAUUAUCACCAUUUUCAUCAAGACAGUAAUGUAGCAAUUUCACGGUUGCAAAGUUAAACAAACCAGAAUGAUGGCACAAACCGUCAUUCUGUUACCAAACUUUACAACUGCACUGUUCUUCAAGUAAAUGUGUUUUUGUAAAAUUUUCUGUGGAAAUCGUUAAAAGUAGUCUUUGUGCACAGAGUUGUAUGGUUUGUUUAACUUUGCAAUGAUUGGUUUUUGUUUGACAUAUAUUUUAAAGUGAAAUCUGAGUCUCAGCAACAGUUACUGUGGAAUUGCCCACAGUCACUCAUCUGUUUAAUCAUCCCCUGCUGAUUUAAGUGGUGUCGGUUUGGUAGCGUUCUAUACCAUGUCCUGUAACAAAGGUUGCUAAUGAUGACUGAGAAGCAGUCAUUGCAUUCACUUCAAUCUUUUGAUUUAGUCUUCUCUUCUCUCAUCGUUUUCCUAUUCAGCGGGGCAUAUUUGUGCCACCUCAUGCACUGAGACUACCGGAAGAGCCAAUCAAAGACCUGGGAGAUUACUGGUGUGAGGUCACGGUAAGGGCACGACUCCAUAUUUCACUGUGUUGACAAAAUGGUAUUUUCAGUUCCUUUUCUUUUGUCUGGUCUAAAUGCAUGCAACUGUUGGUUUUAUUGGUAAUUGUAUCCUAUGAAAGCAUUUACAACCAAACUAAGUCUGCUCUUUGAUCACUAAUGAAGAGAGCAGCAGCCCAAAUGGCUCUGGUCUGGUAUCAGACAGGAUGGGCAUGGUUGCCUCCCAGAAAAUGGGGUCUGAAGAGCCAAAAUGGUUGCGAUUUUAUAUUAAAGGCAGCCCAUUAACACUAUAACCGCCUUUUGUGAAUAAAAAAUUGUAGUAUCACUGCCAUUUUUAAAGCCAUGUCCCCCUCCGUCCUUGAUUUAAACUAAAAAGUAUUUUUAACACACUGACAUUUAAAAUGUUUGUUAUAAGCAGUUUUAGGAGGACAUUCCCGCCCUUCCUUUGCCCGACAGUUGGCUGUCCAUCUAACAAUGGCCCAUCGAAACUACACCUGAACUAUAUCAAAACUAAUUUCACACAUAUAUAAUAAUAGAUUUAGCUUAAAGACAAGAUUAGAUUGACAAUAGUCAAUAUUAUAAAUUGUCUUGUGAAUGAAGAGACUGAUGAACAGCACAGCGUGUGUAAUUGACAUAAGGGAAUGGAGCUUAUCAAAAAGCGACUUUUUUAAAAAAUCAUCCUACAGAGGUUCAUGCAGGUCAGACGUUUUCUAAGGUUUCUAAAACACCUAAAUUUGCCAAAACUCAAUUUUUUUUGCAAACCCUUGAAUGAGUAGGUGUGACCAAACUUUUGACUUGUGUAUAUGAAAUGUAUUUAUUAGGCAAUUGAAUGUUGACGCCCCAAAUGGUGCGGCAUUGGCCUGACUUGGUAUGCCUGGACCCUGGGCACCUACCUCCAUGAGGCCAGAAUUUUACAUUUUAAAUUAUUUUGGGAAACUAAUUUGCCAUGGCUUAUGACGUUCAUAUGCUAUCUGGGGGUUUAAGGUCAGUGCCCGUUCGGUAAUCUGGCCCUGCGGUUCUAGUGUUAAUUUGCCUUUUCUCGUCUCCCAGGUUAAUGGGAUAGACACUGUGCGGAUCCCCAUGUCGGUGGUGCCCUUUGAAGACCCUACAGCGACUGGGCGCAAACUGUUGCAAAAGCAGGAGACCGUUGCAGCUGCAGUACAAGAGGCCGUAGUUUCAGAGGCGGCUACUGUUCCAGAGGUUGUUGCAGCUGCAGUUCCAGAGGCUACCAUUCCAGAGGCUGCCCCAGAGGCUGCGGCUGCCCCAGAGGCUGCGGCGGAAAAAAAAGUAGUUCCGACCACAGAGAACUAG